AUGCACUGCUCCUUCAAUAACUCAAUGUGCAACAGCCUGGCCGGCCUUACGGAUGACACACCCUUUGACACCCUGUGUUAUCGACUAUCUAACCGAAUCGCCAAUACUAAUUCCUUACGCGAUGCAUUACAACAUCUUAAUUCCCGGAAGCUUCGCCAGGCCGAGUCAAUCACCAACCUGGUUUAUGACAUCAAGCGCCUAACCACCGCCGCCUUUCUGACGAUCGAUGGGGCCAACAACGAAAACCCUGUCAUACGGAGACGCUCCCGGACCCUGAAUUAG